GCAAAAGCUCUUCUCUAUGAGAGAGACCUGCGGCUGCCUCCUUCCUUUGGCUCCUUGGGUGUCUUUAUCUGAGCAUCACUUUUGCCUCCACUAUGACGCCCCUGAGCCUCCAGAAAGUGUCUCCAUCAGCUUUGUAAACCACACUGGGAUGAUGUUUGAGAAUCAGCAGUACACCCUGCAGUGUAGCGUACAGAACGUAGCUCCUGUUCAAAGCCUCACUGUGACCUUCUACAGAGGAAACAUAGCAAAGGGUCACCUACAGUCCAACAGUGAACAGAAGAAACCAGUGAAUGAGACCUUUACUCUGAACAUCACUCCCAGUAGAGAAGAUGAUGGAGCCCAGUACUGGUGCGAAACCAAGCUGGAGCUGGGACCAGAUGGACCACAGCGCCCUCCAGUGGUGACAUCAGAAAAACUCCCUGCUAUAGUUCACUAUGGGCCUGAGCUAAAGGAGCCACCAAAUCCAGAUGUGAUCACAAUCACAGAAGGAGACACUCUACACCUGAACUGCUCCUCUGUGGGAAACCCCAGCCCCUCAUACACCUGGACACUUCCAACAAAUAGUCCUUCCUACAGUGGCAGCGUUCUCACUAUUAAAUCUGUCGGCUUUGAGCAUGAAGGACAGUAUAUCUGCACUGUGAGCAACACAGUAGGGACUGUCACCAAGGAGUUUAACAUUGAUGUACAAGUCAACUCCAUCCCAUAUAUAAUAGCUGGGACGAUACUGGGAGCUCUGGUCCUUGUCGGACUGUCAGUGGGAUGCUACUGCAAACACAACUGAAUGGGACACUACAAACUCAAUAAAAAUAUCGUUAGUAACAGCUGAAGAAAUGACUGGUUAAAAUACUUGUUAAUGAAUGGUUAAUAUGUAUUUUCGAUACUGAUUCUGAUGAGCAGCUUGUAACUGUCUAUCUUCUGUAAGUAGACUUGCUGUUUGGAAAAGGCACAUUUCCAAGGGAAGGUCUCCCCAUUUUUCUAUCUUUUUGUUUAAAUGUGGUGUUCAAACUGGGCCCACGGGGUCUUUGAGGGUCUCUGCUAAAUAAAUGUCCCCUCUGUUCUUCACCUGUUGGCUGAUUCUCUUCUUAAUCAUUCUCUGCUUGAUAAUGCAGGCUAUUUUCACUCAAACGUAAAAUCCUUAAUACAUCUAUUCUGUCGAUCUCAUACAUUACUUCACAAUGUCUGCACAUUUUC